GACUAUAAAGAGUUAAGAAGAAUUGAAUCAUCCAUCCAUACUCAGAUUUUUUUAAAGCAUACGUACGGCUGACGUCACGCCUUUUAACCUAAUGUAUAAAGACAAGCGCAUCGUGGUUAGAGUCUUGAGUGGACAAAGAUGAGCACACACCGCACGGUGUAGUUAAAUUUUAAUGACAGCCCGCUCUACGUGGAAUACCAUCGAAGAAGAGUGCAGAAAGGCGUAGAAGAAGAGUUGCACCGAAGCGGCAUGGCGGCUGACAGUUUGUAAUGAGCCAGCGAAAGCGUCACAGAUUCCCGCAAGUUAAAAAAAUAUCUCGUUUGUACCCCGUCUGUGGAUAUAACUACACCGCCAAAAUGCUGAUCACUUUGAAAACUUUGCAACAGCAGACGUUCAAAAUCGACAUUGACGAGGAGGAGACGGUAACAGCAUUAAAGAAGAGGAUUGAACAAGAGAAGGGCAAGGACAAUUUUCCUGUUGCAGGGCAAAAACUCAUCUAUGCUGGUAAAAUCCUGAGCGAUGAUUCCAUCCUCAAAGAAUACAAAAUUGAUGAGAUGAAUUUUGUGGUCGUCAUGGUGACAAAGCCUAAAAAGGCCGCUCCAUCUCAGCCGACGCCAGCCACGUCGACAGCAAGCACAGCGCCUUCUCCAACGCCAUCAUCCACUCCGCACAACCCAACGACACGACUUCCAGCGGACGGUCAACCAGAAGCGAGGCGACCUGCUGCGACUCCUGCUAACCCGGCUCCUCCCCCAAGGGGUGUCUGGGAGAAUUUUGGGAACCUUAUGGACGAGGCAGGUUCAAAUGUUGUGACUGGCGCGUCGUACGACGCCAUGGUGACAGAGAUGAUGCUAAUGGGCUAUGAGAGAGAGCAGGUUGUGGAGGCGCUAAGAGCCAGCUUCAACAAUCCCGACCGAGCCGUGGAGUACCUGCUCUCGGGUAUUCCAGGCAGGGACCUGGUCCAGGCUAGGGGAUCUGAAACUGGGUUGAGUGGACCUCCUGCUGGACCCACGGGAGAUAUACAUGAACCAGAUAGCGUGGGUGCCUCCCAGGGUACAGAUAAUCCGCUGAAUUUCUUGAGGAAUCAGCCUCAGUUCCACAUGAUGCGGCACCUGAUCCAGCAGAAUGCCUCACUGCUUCCCGCUCUCCUGCAAGAGAUCGGAAGGGAAAAUCCAGAGCUCCUGCAGGAGAUCAGCAACCACCAGGAGCACUUCAUUCAGAUGCUAAACGAGCCUCUUCCCGAGUCGCCUGGGCCCAUGACAGACGAUUCUGGGGGCUCUGGAGGGGCGCAGAGCAACUCGCAAAGUGGCAGCAAUAUGAGCUACAUUCAGGUCACACCCCAGGAGAAGGAAGCCAUUGAAAGGAAGCACGGCACUGAUGACCGUCAAUCGCUUGUCUGGGGAACGGGUGCCGACGGGAUCUUUGCGAUUGCGAACCGCCAAAUGUCUGCUCGCAGCUUGAAGUUUCAUGUUAAAAGCGUUAGGCUUUCCGGAGGGACUGGUCAUACAAGCUUACUUCGCGUGUGAGAAGAACGAGAACUUGGCUGCCAACUUCCUUUUACAGCAGAACUUUGAUGACGAUUGAGAGAUGAUCUGACUUUCACUUUUUUUUUCUUAAAUUUGAUUGGCACUAUUGAGUACAAAUAUACAUUCCAUUUGCAUCCCUAACUCCUGAAAAAUGAAUUUAUUUACCACUCUGUUGAUUAAUAAUCUUUUUUUAUUUUUCCAAAUACAGUAAUGAUUUUUUUUUCUAUAUAAAGGAAAAUCAAUAUGGUUUAAAACGGCUGUAUAAUUUACACAUACCAUCUUUUUUUUCUAAUUCUUAAUUUUUGUGUUAAUAACCAUGAGACCCCCACCCCUCUCACACAUGCACACACAAACCUAAGCAUGUGAACCAGCUGGGUCUAUGUGCUUUAUACACAUAUUAAUCUGAAAUAAAUGCCAUGUGUUCUACUG